AUGAUGCAGAGCGCAGCUGUCCCCGCGGAGGGGGCUGUCAAGGGGCUCCCGGAGAUGCUUGGUGUGCCGAUGCAACGUGUGGACAGCUUCACGUCUGCGCGGUGCCUUGCGGAGUUUGCUGACCAAGGUGUGGAGGUGGGCCUCCUGUCGACCCCUUGCCCACGUUGUCUCCGGGGCACCAGGCUAAAGGACAUCGGGCACCUGCUGCCCCGCAUUGCCGGCCGGGAGCGGGGCAGCCGGAGGGAGGAGCGCCCGCUGGUCCAGGCCGGGGCGGUAAAUGGGGAGCAGGCCCGGCUCGCGGACAGCCAGAGCCCGGCGGGGCUGAGCGGAGCGGCGUCCUCGGGUCUGGGACUGCGACCUGAGCGGCCUCGCCGCCACCGGGGCCGAAGGCCUCCGCCCCAGGGCAGGUGCCGCCGUGGUGGCCCGGGGACGGACGCUGGAUUCCCGCUCCAGGCAUCUGCUGCGCGGCGCUCGGUCCCGAGCGCUGUCACCUCCCGCGCCCAGAGCUUUGGAAGGUCCGCCAGGAGAGAGAUCCCCCAGUGCGCUGGCUGCAACCAGCACAUCCUGGACAAGUUCAUCCUGAAGGUCCUGGACAGACACUGGCACAGCUCCUGCCUCAAGUGUGCAGACUGCCAGAUGCAGCUGGCUGACAGGUGCUUCUCCAGGGCCGGGAGCGUCUACUGCAAGGAGGACUUCUUCAAGCGCUUCGGCACAAAAUGCACGGCCUGCCAGCAGGGCAUCCCCCCGACCCAGGUGGUCCGCAAGGCGCAGGACUUCGUCUACCACCUGCACUGCUUCGCCUGCAUCAUCUGUAACCGGCAGCUGGCCACGGGGGAUGAGUUCUACCUCAUGGAGGAUGGGCGGCUGGUGUGCAAGGAAGACUACGAGACGGCCAAGCAGAACGAUGACUCAGAGGCAGGAGCUAAGCGGCCCCGGACCACCAUCACGGCCAAGCAGCUGGAGACCUUGAAGAAUGCCUACAAGAACUCCCCCAAGCCUGCCCGGCACGUGAGGGAGCAGCUGUCCUCAGAGACGGGCCUGGACAUGAGGGUCGUACAGGUUUGGUUUCAGAACAGAAGGGCCAAGGAGAAGCGCCUGAAGAAGGACGCAGGACGGCACCGCUGGGGACAGUUCUAUAAGAGUGUCAAGAGGAGCCGGGGCGGCAGCAAGCAGGAGAAGGAGAGCUCUGCAGAGGACUGUGGGGUUAGUGACAGUGAGCUGAGCUUCCGAGAGGAUCAAAUUCUCUCAGAACUUGGCCACACCAAUAGGAUUUAUGGCAACGUGGGGGACGUUACAGGCGGACAGUUAAUGAAUGGGAGCUUCUCCAUGGACGGGACAGGACAAUCCUAUCAGGACUUGAGGGAUGGGAGCCCCUAUGGAAUCCCCCAGUCUCCAUCCUCCAUAUCGUCCCUGCCGUCCCACGCUCCUCUGCUCAAUGGGCUGGAUUACACAGUGGACAGUAACUUGGGCAUCGUUGCGCAUGCAGGCCAGGGAGUGAGCCAGACACUGAGAGCCAUGGCUGGGGGACCCACCUCUGACAUCUCCACAGGAAGCAGUGUAGGCUAUCCCGACUUUCCAACUAGCCCAGCCUCUUGGCUCGAUGAAAUGGAUCAUCCUCCGUUUUAAACAUCUGUCCUCCCCACCCUACCUGUCCUUCUGGCUUGAGAGAAUAUCUUCAAGGAUCAAAAGAGACUUACCUUUUUAGGAUCAAAUGCGCACCAAUGUGAAUUUCCAUUAUUUUCAAUGGAAGUCCUCUGCUGAUCCCUAGGAGGUCACCGCACUAGUGUGCUGUUCUCCUGGGGAAAUGGUGGGGGAGCAGCCUCCUCUCAGAACAGCACAGGGCGCAGAGCCUAGAGUGCUGGCUUAUGCUCCCUCCCCAACCCUGCUUACAGGCUUUGGCUGCUCAGUGCUUGGCAGCAGGAGGUGACUGUGAGGCCACCCUGGCCUUAGGGAACUCUGCUCCAACUGGUAUGUCUCAAGAGAUGCUUCUCACACCAGUGCUCUCGCCAGAACUGAGAUUCUGGUGACGUCACAGCCCUUAAAUAUAAGUGAUUUCUGAACCACCUUUAUCAAACCCUAAUUUUCAAAAUAAAAAAGGUCACUUACUAAAGGUCAGUAGAAACUUUGAUGGCCACAGUUUGAUAUAGAGACAUGCCCCUCCUUUCUCUUCUGCUGUGAAGAAUGACCUCUUCCCCCUCCAGAGAAUAUCUGUCAGUUUGGGUUUGUGAGCAGUCCCAUCAACAUCACUGAAUCCAUCCCUGAUGGCAAGAAGUGGUUUUCAUUGCAGGUGACUGAGGCUGGAGCUGAGUGGCCCUGGACCAUCACAGCGACUGCCUGAUGAGUCCCCUUGGAGCACAAUGUGCCUUUUUAAUUUGCUCAUAUCACUUAUUCCACUAGACAGGCUGUGGCUUACACAACGAUCAAAGCUAAAAUAUGGAGAGACCAGAAAGACAAUCAGUGGAAACAUUUGUAGACCCAUUUGGAUUCCAAGCGUGCUGUCCGAUUAGCCGAAUCAGCAGAUGCCAGUUUCCCAGAGUCCCCGCUCCUGAAGGGGAAAUGAUAUUGUGAGUUUGUUUUGAGAUAGUUGGUUUAGAUGAGUUUGCAAGUCCAUACCCACCUGCAGCCAACCCUCCCUAGCCCUUUAAAAAGGAGAGCUUUCUCUGCUGUGCUAGCUGACUCAGUUGGAGGACAGUCUUGGCCUCUUCCAAGUACUAGCAAUGCUUUUUGGCUGGGAGCAAUCAUUUAGGGAGCAGCCCUAAAGUUGUCAGAGUUCCUCGGGCUGCAUCUCCCUGGGUUGCUGGCUGGCCUCACACCAGGCCCUGUGGUGCUCCAGCCCUGCACUUGCUCAGAAAGGAGAGCUCUCCAGCCAGUGGCAGUGCAGACUCAGCUUAUGGGUUUCAAUAGCAUAUCACCAAGCCUGAGGCAAGGGCAAGGCCAACCCCUGCUUUGCGAGCUGCCAGCCCUGUGACAGACCGCACUUCGGGGGGACAUACCAUGGUGAAGGUGCCGUGGCUCCUACUUAAUGCACCACCCCUCAACCUUGCAGGAGGUUCUCCAUGUACACACUGGAAAUUAGCCAGGGGGAUUUAUGCGUCCCUGGGAAAUGGUGGUUUACUUCUCUGGCCUCCUGUUUUCUUAAGAUCAGCAGAGUAGGGAAGGGUAAGAAAGGCAUUACCUUUUUCACGUGAAGUGACGGGGCCCAAGACCCUAACCACCCUUUCUUUCAUGUCUGUCACGUUUUGAAGGCCGCAAAGAUUUAAGAGUGUGCUAGGUAGACUCAAGGAAGAAAUAAACCUUCCUCCUUGGCUCCUGCAUCUUCUGCAAAUGCCUUCUGAGGACUAAACUAUGAGCAGUUAAGCUUCUUCAAACUGUAUAGUCAGUAAAUUCCUGGGGUCAGCCUUCAGGCCACCUUUCCCUGACCAGUUCUGUAGUGGACCCUUAUUUUCCGACAGGCUGCAAUUGUGAUUUUUGCUUGGGGAGUCCUGCAGAUGCAGGAUUUCUUCUUGAGGCUCCAGGAUUAGGGAUGCCAGAGGGUGAAGCCCAGACAAUUCCCAAUACAGUGAACAGUGGGGAUGGCAAUAAAGACUCACAAGAAAGGCACAUGCCGCAGUCUUCUGGGAGGACAGGUUCUUGAACAUACUGUUCUCAGCAGGCAGCUCUCAGUGCACAGGAGGACUGUGUUGGGCAAUGAACCAGUUAAAGACUGUCCCACCCAGACCACUGUCGCAGCUCGGUUACUUGGCGUAGGAGCUCUUGGGAUCUCAAGGUACUGCCUGCAUUUGGUGAUUACCAGGGGCAGCAGACUCAAGGAACAUGGCCCUCUGGGUAGCACUGUUUCUUUAAGAUCAGUUGAGCAGUUUUUGUUUUGUAUGCAAGUUAAUCAAGCUCAUGCCUUAUUCAAUGGUUGGAGAACGUGCUAAUAACAGUCUUCUUCCAUCGUGCUAAUAACAGUCUCCUGAGAACUCAGUGAGCGGGGCAGCUGGUGUUGGUGGGCUGCUUUGGUGUUGGUGGGGCUGGCUAGCUAUACUGGCCACAAAGCUGGGAGAGCUGAGUUCCCCAGAGCCUCCUCCCAGAGAGCAGCAAACACUGACGCUCCAUGUAGAAGCAUAGGCAGGCCAGGCCUCAGAUUCUAAGUGGCUCUCCUUGCAAGUGCAGUUAGCAUUCUAGAGGACUGGUGCCACCAGUGAGCCACUGCGUGCCAAGACUGUUCCUUGGCUCUUCUGUGGCUGGAGAUGGUGAGCACACAACGUACCUUGAGAGCCUCCUCCUUGCUCAGCGGUCUGUGACUGAGGUAUAAGGUGCCUCCUGGGAGCUGCUUUCUCCCUUGCUAAAGUGACAUGGACACAUUUGAAAAAUGAAACAAGACCUUCUAGAGAAUUUACAUCAUUCGAAUCUGUCUGUGGCUCUAAGAGAGCAAUUACAAGUAGCAACGUUCAUCUGAGCCCCUGGUGAUAGACCUUGGGAUAGGAAGUUUCUGAAUUCAGGAGCAAAAUAAUAAUUAAAAACCCAGCAACACCUAAGCUUCCAGUAGUAGCUGGUAUAAGCAAAAAUGGGACACACGGGGCUAUGGGAGAAUCUCUAUUUUUAAAGAGUAAUAAAACCACAGAAGAAAUCCCCAAUGCAAAGCUAAGCCAGCCCACCUGUUAAAUCACAUUAUUGGGAAGACUGGUCCUGGCCCUUUCAGGGACUUGCUGUGCCACCUGAGGCAAACUCCUUUCUGUCUCUGUGCUUUCUUUUUCUCGCCUCAGCUAAUAGUUAAGAAUAUAACAGAAAGUGCAAAUCAACUACCAUAUUGAUAAUAUUAUUCCUGCAAAUUAAUACAGUGAAAUGUCAGGGAAAGAGGACAAAAUUAAGACAUAAGAAAAGCAUUUAGCCCUAGCCAGUUUGGCUCAGUGGAUAGAGUGCUGCCAUGUGGACUGAAGGGUCCGGGUUUGAUUCCGGUCAAGGGCACGUACCUUGGUUGCAGGCUUGGUCGCAUGCAGGAUGUCUCUCUCUCACAUUGAUGUUUCUCUCUGUCUCUCCCCCUCCUUUCCACUGUCUAAAAAUCAAUGGAAAAAAUAUUCUUGGGUGAGGAUUAACAACAAAAAACAACAACAAAAAGAAAAGCAUUUAGCUGUGUUUUUAAGGUUUUUUUUUUUUUUUUUUUUGCCAAUGUAAAACACGAAAUCUAGUAAGAUAAUUGAGGGCCAUUCAAUCUUCAUAAUUAAGUUCACUUUGCAAGAAGUAAUCUGUAGAUAUGAAAGAUACGACCACCUCUUGAGGCUCAAGCUGGUUAUUUUGAAACAACUGCCUCCUUGCUGGAGUGGGUUGAAGGCUUCAGCUGAGCAAAAGCUGUGUUAUGGGCGACCGUGCGUCCAGCACCCACUCUCCCUCCCAACCUCUCCCACAUGCCACUACUGACAACUUGGUUCUAACUGUGGAAAUGAUGACCAUACCUCUUCAGCCAGCAGGGUCUGGAAGGACAGGCGGCUCAUUUUUAAACAUUGCACUUUAAAAAUUGGAACCCGUGAGAUGAAGAAAAAUUCAAUUAAGCGGAAAUGAGUUCUGUUUUAUUGCCUGCUGCUGAAGGGCUCUGGGCACGCUGAAAGCGAAAUAAAAAGCACAUCACUGGCUCUCUCUUUCUUGGAUUGGUCAAUUGGCCCUUUUUGCAGUAGUUGCUCCAACUGUCUCCCACAGUGACAGGAGCCAAAAAGAGAGAGCUCAGCAAAGUCAUCCCACCCACACUCUGCUUGGUAGGCCCACGAAAGCACAGUUUCAUGCUGCUAGCUCUGGGAGGAGACAGCUGCAGGUCUGGAGGUGUGCCAAGCGUUCCUUUGCUUAGGGAGGCAGAGCUCAGGUGGACAGAGAAGGACACCCCCACUCUCACUGCUGCCCACCUGGAGACAAAAUCAUUUGUACUCCCUCACUCGAGGACUGCGUGCAGCCAACUGGGCAGGUUUGGGGCUGCAGGAUCCCAGAUGCUGCUCUGAACUUGCAUUCAGACCUCAAAGCACCUGCUCCCCUAAGCUCUGGAUUGUUGCCCUCACCCUUCCCAGUGUACAUUUUGUACAGUGAAAAGAAAUGAAGUCUCAUUUGCUGGAAAAAAAAGGAAAAAAGAAAAAAAAGGACCCACCCAUCCUUAUUUAUUGCCAUGUGACUUCGGAACAGAAGCUGGUGCGUUUGUUUGUAUAUGCCUCCUGUGUGUUGGCAUGAGAUGUGUAUGGUAAAACUAUGUUAAAUAAAUAUGGAUGUUCU